AUGCGGCCAGUGCGCUUAUCGACUAGGACAAGCUACACAAACCCCUUGGGCUUGCCUCCUGGCACCGUGUUACUGGCUCAGAGCUCGGCCUCCUCCCUCCAUCCACCCCCACUCGGGGUAACGUCAUCAAUCGAGAGCUGCGAGCCCUCUCACCGCCCGCCCGCUGCCCGUCCGUCCAUCCGUCCGCUGCCGCCGCUGCUGCACAACACAUCAAUCGGAAAACGCGAGCACAAUUUCAAUUCGACCACAAUUUGCAACGGCAAUCGCCCGGAGGACGACGACCAUGAACGAAAGAAUCCCAUCGAUUUUCGACAAAUGUCCGUCCAAAGAAAAAACUUAUUUCAGGAUGUUGGAUAA